AUGCGCUUCCUCGCAACUCUCUAUACCUUCUUGCUAGCUCCUGCAGCUGUGUUUGCGGCCUGGGGCUACACCGAUGACGGCAAAAACUAUGUCAUUGACACGAACGCGAACCUUGUCGUCAGUGUCAGCAAGACUAAUGGCGACAUGAACUCCAUCAAAUACCGCGGCGUCGAAUACUCUGGACAGAACGGGAAGUACUCGCACGUCGAGUCAGGCCUAGGCGCAUCCACUGUUACCAUCAAGCAGUACACUUCUCCUGCAAACAUCAUCAAGGUCACCGUCAAGUAUGGGACGCUGCUCCACACGCUCGUCUUCCGUUACGGCAACCCGAACGUCUACAUCUUCAUGAACAAAGCCGAUACCAGCGUCACCGUCUCGCGCUACAUUCUCCGCAUCCCGCCCAACAUCUUCACUAACGACCCCAACGAGGACACCGACUGGAUCCCUGCUGACGCUUCUGUCAUCGAAUCUGGAGAUAUCGACGGCAAAUCGGGCCAGACAUGGUCGAAGCACUACUCUGGAAAGAAAUACGGCAGGACUAUGGACUACGAUUAUGUUGGUUACACGAACAAGAACGUGGGCAUGUACCUAGUUCGCUCAAACCACGAGAAGGCAUCCGGUGGCCCGUUUUUCAGGAGCUUGAUCCGUCGUGGUGGGCCUGGUGGUCCGGAUCUUUACGAUAUCUACCACUACAACAUGGGACACACUGAUGUCAUGCGUUUUGGCCUCCAAGGUCCUUCCGUCCUUACCUUCACCGACAACGGCGCCGCUCCCAAUGCCAACCUUUUCGCCCGCAAAGCGGACAACUCUUGGUUCGACAGCCUCGAGAUCGCGGGCUGGGUGCCGAACUCUAAGCGUGGUGCCGUUUCCGGUGUAGGCUUCUCAAACGUGAAGUCUAAUUACCAGUACGUUGUGGGUCUGAAAAACGAUGCUGCGCAGUACUGGACCACUGCUGGGACCGGAGCUUGGAAGAUCUCCGGUGUCCUCCCCGGAACAUAUACAUUGACGGUGUACAAGAGCGAGCUUGAAGUACAUACCUCUUCCGUCACUGUCACGGCUGGUGGCACGGUGACGAAGAACACGAUUACUUGCGUCGACCCACAGGACACGACUGCCAUCUGGCGCAUCGGAGACUGGGAUGGCACGCCAAAAGGCUUCCUCAACUUCCUCGACACCCCCAUGAAGCCAACCUACAUGCACCCCUCCGACUCCCGCCUCUCCAAAUGGGACGCCUCCAACUUCAUCAUCGGUAACUCCCAAGCCUCGAACUUCCCGGGCUACAUCUGGAAAGACGUCAACAACGACCACCUCGUGUACUUCAAGCUCACCGCCGCCCAGCUAGCCAAGGGCGCAAAGAUCCGUUUCGGCGUCACCGAAGGUAUGGCUGGUGGCCGUCCCGCCAUCGCCGUGAACAGCUGGAGCGCGGCGCUCCAAGCUGACAAGGGCCAGGGAGACACGAGGUCGCUGACCGUGGGCACGUACCGUGGGAACAACUACAUCUAUGAGUACACUGUGCCGCAGUCUGCCUGGACACAGAAGACGUCGGAAUACCAGGUGCUGAAGAUUAGUGUUAUUUCGGGCAAGGCUGCGACGGGGUAUUUGAGCCCUGGUAUUUCCGUUGAUGCUAUCGAUAUGAUCGCUGUUUAG